AUGAGCUCGAUUGUAAGCAGUGGUCAAGGUACCUCAGUCUCGGUGCUGAGUACGGUGCUUAAAGCUGAGAGUUCUUCAAGUGGAGGAUGUGUGUCAUGUGGGGAAACACCUGCUUGUCCUCAGUGCGCUGAGGACGAAAACUGUGUUCAAACAGAGCUUACUUGUACUCAGUGUCCUACCACGAGUUGUGUGAAGAAAAGUGGCUCCUCGUUGAACUCUUCUAGUGGUAGUAAUAAUGGGAAAGUCGUCGGAGGAGUCGUUGGCGGAGUUGUAGGUGGAGUUGCAUUACUUACAAUACUACUUUUGUUCUUCCUUUAUAAACGGUUCUGGAAAAAGAAGCUCAGAGAGAGAGCUGAGAGGGCAAAAGCUACUAGUGACUCUUAUUUUAUGGAAGAUAAUGAAUUGGGCGAUGCUGACAGUUUUAGUAGUGACAACAGCGAUUACGAAGAAAAUGAGGGUCAAGGUGCGCUACGGGAGUCCAACGUUGUGGACCACGAAACGUUUGCUUCAAAGAGACUGCUUUCAAGUGGAAACGGCAGCGAUCGUCAUAGCACAAUCACCGUGCAAACAAGAGCUUCUAAUAUACUACCAGUUGCCUAUAUCCCUGGUGUAACAAGUGGAAGGAACAAUGGAGCCCCAACAUCUUCUCGCUUAUUCCGAGGUCUCAACACUUCACAUCUAAACACAGCGGGCGACAUGCGUUCACAUAUCACUUUGGGAUCUUCAAUCUUAGGUGGUAUCGAGGACGACGAUGAUCAAUCCACGACCCACGAGGCGGACCGUCGUGCAGCUGACAAUUACUCGCAAGAAAAUCUCACUACAGCGAUCCGGGCCAAGCCCAAAUUGGUGCAGAUCCAGGAACAAGAAGAAGAUGAGCACGGCGAUACCGGCUACCAACACUCGUCUCCAACGGACGACGACGACGACGCCAACGAAGAUGACGACAAUGGCAGUUUCAUACUCGACGUAGGAAUUCACGACCGCAACGAGGCCACAACUACCAACGAUGCCAAUGGAACGACGCCAGGCCACCCAUUCGAGGAGAGCUUCUAG